AUGGCAUCAGAGCAGACGUACGAUUUCAUUGUCGUUGGAGGCGGCCCGGCUGGAUGCACCCUUGCCGCAUUUCUCGCCAAGUCUACCAAACGCCCCAGCGUUCUUCUCCUUGAAGCCGGCCGCCGAAACGACGACAAGUCCCUGCGCGUCGACGGUAAGCGAUGGACAACUUUUAUGGAAGAGCAAAUGAACUGGGGCUACAAAACAACCCCGCAAGAACAUUGCAACGGCCGCCAGCUGGACUAUUCCCGAGGCAAAGGACUAGGCGGAUGUUCUGCUAUCAAUUUUGGAGUGUACACCGUCGGGGCUAAGGAUGACUAUGAUGAAUGGGCGUCUGUGGUUGGAGAUGAAACCUUCUCGUGGAAGAGCAUGCAAGCACGGUUCAAGAAUCUCGAAACAUUCGCGGGGACUAUUGACCAGAAGUACGGUGGGCAUCAGGCUAGAGAUCAUGGCGACAAGGGUGGUUUGCAGAUUGGGUAUGCUAAAGAGUGGGAAGAUGAUCUCUCGUUGGUUCUGGAUGCCUUUGAACAGGCUGGGCUCGAACGAAACAUGGACCAUAAUUCAGGCAACCCCCUAGGAAUGGGUCUGUGUAUCAACUCGGCUCAGAAGGGGCUCCGGACGACUGCGGUGGAUUUGUUGUCUGAUGCUCCUGACAACCUCUUUACUAUCACAGACAGUCCGGUGCAGCGCGUCAUUUUAGAGGGCAAGAGGGCUAUUGGUGUUGAGACCAAAAGAAACAGGUAUCUUGCUGCCAAAGAAGUUAUCCUCUCAGCUGGCUCCCUCGACAGCCCCAAGAUCCUAAUGCACUCGGGCAUCGGCCCAGCCAACGAGCUGGCAAAAUUCAACAUCCCGGUCAUUCAAGACCUUCCGGCAAUCGGCCAGGGACUGCGCGACCACUUCUUCGUGCCGAUAGUCCUAGCCCGAAACCCCGAAACAAACGACCGCAACACCUUCUUCCAAGACCAAACCGCCAUGACAGCAGCGAUGGAACAAUGGGAAAAAGACGGAACAGGCCCAUGGGCCCGAUACGCCUGCCAGCUCGGCGUCGGCUGGUUCAAAUCAGAGCAAGUAACCUCAUCCGCCGAAUUCAGCUCCCUCCCACCACCGGUACAAGACUUCCUCAACCGGGAGACCAUCCCGCACUACGAGAUCAUGACCCAUUUCCCAGUACACUUCAUCUUCCCACACCUCUUCCAGGAUUACAGCUAUAUUUGCAUGCUCGUCUUCCUGAUGAACGAACAAUCAGCCGGCGAAGUCCGACUACAAUCAUCAGACCCAAACGACCCACUCCUCUUCGAUCCCAAGUUCCUCUCCCACCCCUUCGACAGACGGGCCUGCAUCGAGACCUUCCGUCAUCUCUGGGAAUUAACGAAAUACGAAGCCUUUGCCAAGGAUACCACAUCGACGAUCAUGGGGCCGACGUCCGAAUCGGACGAGGACAUCCUGCAAUUCUGGAAGGAUAAUCUCUCGUCUAGCUGGCAUAUGACCGGCACCGUGAAGAUGGGUAAGAACGGUGCCGCUGAUGCGGCGGUGGACAGUCAUUUCCGGGUGUUUGGAAUCGCGAAUCUUCGUGUGGCGGAUAUGAGCGUCGUGCCUGUUUUGCCGAAUGGUCACACCCAGGCUACUGCUUAUGUGACCGGGGCGACAGCUGCCGAAGUUUUGAUUCGGGAGUAUAGGUUGGAUGAGAAAUGA